AUGUCCAUUCAAGACAGCGAUGCAGAGAGCUCCAUCUCCAGCCAAACAAGAACAAAAACCCCCAAACACACUUUCCCCCUCGCCCACCCCCCUCCCAAAUCCACCCCCUGCCUCCGCCUCUCCCCGCGCCUUCUCCUCCAAAUCCAACAACUCUCAAUAACCUCAAACCGACACCGGGCCCUCCCCAUCCUGGAAAUCUACCAACCCCCACGACAAGGGAAAUCCCUCUCAAACUGUCCGCGCAAAAUCCACGGCCGGGAUCUCUACAUCCUGCAAAGCGACGCUUACACCGACAUCACCUCGACACCAAAACCAUCAUCAUCAUCAGAACCUCCUAGUAGUACUUACCCCAUCGCCGCGGGCGUAAUCUACAACAACCACAACACAAACCCCAAGAAAUCCACCACCACCACGACCCCACCAACAACAACAACCACUACAACACCAGAACCCGAAGACGAAAUCUACCUCCCAACCACACACCAAACCUACUCCGCAACGCGCACCCCACGAGGCAACUACCGCUUCAUCCUACGCGAGAAGAAAACCCCCUCGGGAGAAACCGUCAUCAUCGAAUGGCGGCGGAAAACCCAAUCGCAGACCCGGCCAAGAACCGCGUCGGGGUCGGCGGUAUCGGGAUCAACGGACUCCGAUACAGUAACAACAACAGGAAACCCUUGCGAGGAGGAAGGAGACUCCACUACUAGUUCUUCCGAUGCCAAUGCCAAUGCCAAUGCUAAUGCUAAUCCCCGGUUUGUGCUAUGCGUUAGUGCCAUCGGAGGGGAAAGAGCAGCUGGCGCCGAUCAGCGUGUCAGACGGUCGGGGCUGGCUGGACUAGAGAAAAUGGGGCUGAGGGUUGGCGGGUGGGAUGCGAAACAAGUGCGGUUUUUGGAGGAGGUGGGGAUAUUAGGUGCUGGGGGGGAAGAGGAGGUGGUUACGUUGGUAUUGACGCUGGGGGUUUAUGUUGCGUGGAUGGAGGGGUGGUUGUAA